GGUUCAGAUAGCGCUACAACUACAAGAUGUGCAGUUGGGCUAUUCUGUGCAUAGACAACGUUAAACUUAAAAUCAAACCAGAGGAACACGGGGAAUGCCCCAAAAUGGAUUCAACCCGACGUGUACGAGGCUCUGGGACUUUUUGUGCUGUACGUGGUUGUGUGAACUCCUGGAGACGCCUAAAUACAUGGCUGGAAAGGGAAUGUUUUGAUCACCGACCAACGAUAAAGCGCCACUGUGGAUGUACCCCGCCAUACACUUUCCAUCAGAAACCAAAAGCAGAGGACGAGUCAAGGAUGUGGCUAGCUGCUUUAAAAUUAAAAAAUCCACCGAAAAGAUUAUAUGUUUGUUCUUAUCACUUCGUUGAUAGGAAACCCACAAAAGAGCAUCCUUUCCCGGAACUUUGGUUGGGAUGCGACCGUCCCCCCGAGACGAAGAAAGGCAAGCGAAAGAGGAACUUCCAAAGUAAUGAAAUCGCUGAAAGUGACGAACCGAAGUUCAGAGACGCAACAACGCAGUGGGAGGAUUUCACAUGGCGUGAUCAUACCUACGCUUCAGUCGUCCCUUGUGUACACAAAGCGACACAGACGGAGAUUCAACCAACAGCUUAUGGUGUGAUUGUGGAUGAUUCUUCUUCUCUGCUGUACACUGGACUUAAGCUUCUAAAUUUUUACACUUUGGUUUCAACGAUGUUGCAAUUUGGAAAAAAGUCAUGUUCUAUUCCCAUAGUGGACCAAAUUUUGAUGACCCUAAUGAAGUUGAGACAAAAUCUUGCAUUAGGAGAUUUGGCCCACCGUUUUCGUGUGUGCACGUCUACAGUUAGUAACAUAAUCACUUACUGGAUUGACACCCUGGGUGAGCAGCUUGAGCCCAUGGUGUGCUGGCUACCAAGAUGUGUGAUUCGUGGGAACAUGCCACCCGCAUUUAAAAAGAAGUACCCUCACACCACUUGUAUUAUUAAAUGUGCAAAGACGUCAAUUCAGAGAGCAACAAACCUGAACAUACCCAGUGCCACUUUUAGUCAUCAUAAAAGUACAAACAAUAUAAAGUAUCUUGUUGCUGUGUCCCCCCAUGGGCUGAUCAUGUUUAUAUCUGCGGGGUAUGCUGGUAAAAGCAGUGAAAAGUGCAUCACAAUGAACAGUGGAUUGUUGAAGGCCUUGAGGCCUGGUGAUGAGGUACUGGCGGACCGGAGUUUCACUAUUCAUGAAAUGCUGCAUGAAAGGAAGGUGAAGCUAAAUAUCCCUGCCUUUAGCCACAAGCGUGGUCAGUUAAAUAAAGUAACACGCACCAGAAGAGUGCCCAAUGUGCUUAAACAUGUUGAAUGGGCUAUCCAGAGGCUGAAAGUGUUCAAAAUACUGUCGCAAACUGUACCCAUUUCCAUAGCCCCAAGGUUUGACAAAAUUCUAACAAUCUGUGCAGCCUGUGUUAACAUGAGGUGUAAACUAAGGCACCAGCCACAAAAGCGACUAAAAUUUGGCAAAAUUAAAAAUAAUAUUACAGUUGCCUAAUGCAGAAGUGCUGCAGCAGAUGAUAUUGUUUCUAUGAAACAUUACAAGGUAUUUUUCACCUGGUUGUUAUAGUUUGGUAUUAUGAGCAUCACUCAUGUAUCUGUACAUCCAUUGUUUUUUUUGAUUGCAGAUAUUGAUCACAAUAAAA